UGAAUUUUCCGACUGUUGUGCCAAAGAUACCUUCUUUACUUACCUUAGCGUUGAAAUCGCCAAGCACGAUUUUGGCGUUCAUACAAAGUAUCUUUGGUCACUUCACUGGUAAGGACUCCGUUGGGGCGUGGGCGCAAAUCAGCGAUAUGUUGAAGAACCUCGCUUUGAUGCGGAUUGUGGCUAGACGUUCAUCCACCGGAGUGAAUGCCAGGACUCGACGACGGAGUCUCUCUCCCACCACGAAUCCCACACCGAAUUUGCGCUCCUUUAUAUGGCCGCUGUAGUAGAUGUCACAAGGACCCACCUUCUUCCGUCCUUGUCCUGUCCAUCGCAGUUCUUGAAUGGCGGUGACGUCAGCCUUUAGUCGUAUGAGAACAUCAACCAGCUGGGCAGAGGCACCUUCCCAAAUAAGGAUCCGGACUAUAGCUCGCCUCCAAACGUCUAUUUGUUGGCUACCCAGAGGAUACUUGGUCUAAAACCGGAAGUAGUGAGCUGCUUGAACCAUGUGGAGAAGAAUCGUUUCCGGCACCUCCCAAGUGAAUGACAAUCAAAAACUUUCCUCAUUUACGUGAACUUCUACACAUGAUUCCAUCCUCCAAACAGGAGCAAUAACGAUAUGUAAUAUAAAAUUUAGCCAUAAUGAUGACAAUUGUAUGGUAUCUAAUUCGCCUUGCCUUUCAAAUCACUUAAAAGCAACAUCUAGAGCUUCAAAAGGGUUUGCGUGAGAUGGUACUUCACAUAUGUACAUAUGUACAUUCAAAGAUUCAGUCUCUUCAGCACUUUCUCUAAAGUCUUCAGUGAUUUCUUCAUUAGUUAAUAAUUUUAAUAUUGAAUCUUCAUUAACGCAGUUCAGCCACACCUUUCAGUUCUCUUUUUCACACCUUUCUAUAUCUUUAAACUCGUCGUACGGUUCGAUUCUACUGUAUAUGAGGUAAUUUCUGAACCGAUUUAAACCAUUUUCGCCACUUAAUUUCACUUAAUUUAGUCAAGAUAUUUCACAUAAUGGUAUAAACCAUACCGGAAAUUCGAAAAUCCUAAUAUCAAAUAUAAGCUACGGAAGUAAUUUUAACCAUUUUUGGCACAGGAGCACAACAUUAUACGUAAUAUAUACUCUCUGAAUUUCUAUGGUAUAUAUAGGAGAUGUACCGAUAUUUUAGGUAGAAAAUUGCCCUUAGGCACUGAGGUCUUCAUGUUCGGUAUCUGGGGCCUUGAGAAGUGACUGAUACUACACCUCCAACACAGUUUUUAUUCAGAUAUCUUCAUGGGUUCUCGAGUCAUAUAUUAUGAAGUGAACGAUUCUAAAUUAAAUAUUGUGUUAUAUCGAAAGUAGGUGUGGUUGUGAACCGAUUCAACGAUUUUAACUCCACUCGUCAUUCUGAUUACUUUGGUGUAUAUAACUCCAUAAUCCAUAAUCUAAUUCGUUUAGUUUUAGGUAUUACAAAGAGUCAAACAAAAUUAUUCUACACUAAGUGCAACGUGUUGCGUGAGUAUAAAACAUCAGCUGCUCAUGUGUGUGCCUUUCGUUGCGAAGCACAUGCUCAUGUGCAUGCUUCAAAAAUGUUUGAACAUCUGAUUUGGUGAUCAGAAAUUAAGAUUUAUUUGCUUUAAUUGUAAUUGCAUUUUAAUUGCUGGAAAAAAUUAAAAAGAUAUGGAUUACAACGAACUUUUCGAGAUACUCGUUGAUGAAAAGAAAAUCAAGUGUUUAACUUGUGGCAAACUGCUAAGCGGUACGAACAUUUUUAAUGCGAAGCGGCAUUAUGCGCUCUGCCACAAAAUAGACAUUUCCAAAGCAAGAACGCCGGGCGAGUGCAAGACACCGGCAAGAAAAUCGCAUGACUACAUUAACAUUAAUAUAGAUAAAGCGGAGUUUUUAAGGUGUUGUGUCGGUUUGGUGACAAUGAAAAAUCUGCCAUUCCGGCUAUUUGACGAUAAGGAGUUUUUUAAAGCAUUACUAGAACCGUACGAACGUAAAUUUGGAGUUGUAGUGAAUUCGCACAAUUUAACGCAUAUUAUUGGCGAUAGCAGCAAAAAUAUUACAGAUACUAUUGCGAGUCGUUUGAAACAUAAAUUAAUAAGUUUGAAACUGGAUACGGCAAGCAGAAUGGGGAAGAGCGUGCUGGCUAUUAAUGUGCAAUAUAUGCAAGACUUUAAAAUCUGCACUCAUACAUUAGGUAUAAUACGACUCCAGAGAAAGCACAAAGUGAAGGAUAUUAACGAGGAAUUAUUCAACUGCUUGGACGCAUACGGUUUGGGUUUACAACAAGUAUACUCCAACACUGUCGAUAAUGGAGCCAAUCUUAACAAGAGCAGUAAAAUACUGCUGGAUGAAACUCGUAUAUGCGAGGAGUCUGAGAUUGGUGUAGAAGAGCAGGAAGAUUUACAAAACGCAAUAGUAUCCGUAUUGUCAGUAGAGAGAUGUGCAGCGCAUAUGCUACAGCUUGCUGCUUAUGAUGUACUAAAGACUCUCACCUCUACGUUGGAGGAAUGUAGAAUUCUAAUCAAGGAAGUGCGCACAUUAGUUGACGCGGAAUCUAGUAACGCUCAAAUGCUUGUACUAGACAAUUCAAAGAGUUGGUAUUCAACGUAUGAAAUGAUUACUAUGCUACAAGAAUCGCAAGAAGUUAUAGAACAACAAUGCACUGACAUGGAUGAAUUCGAUUGGCAGUUUGUGUCGAAUUUCAUUAAAGCUUUUCAACCUCUGGCACAAUGCACAAAACGUAUGCAAAGCGAACAAUAUAUUUUUGGCGAUUUCUACAGAGACUGGUUGUCGUGCGAAUUGGAGUUAAGUGAUCUUGGUGCUAGCAUACCAUACGCUGCGCAGCUACAUGCUGCAAUGACAACACGGAAACAAAUCUUAAUGGAGAAUGACGCCUUUAUUGCGGCGCUGUAUUUAGAUCCACGCUUUAAUUUUCAAGGUUCUAUGAUGCUAUCUGCACAACAGAAAAUAAGCGCUGAGAAUCAUCUUAUAAAAACUUAUGAAAAUAUGCUGCGGUUGCAAAUCUCAUUGAGUGGUCAAAAUCAGUAUCAACAGCAUACUGAUAGUUUGCCUUCGACAUCGAGCAACACUUUCUCACGUUUAGAGAGACACAUUUGCAAAGAAAUGAUAAUGGAGACUAAAAACGAAGUGGAAGAGGUUCAAAAUUUACGCCAAAAGUUAAAUGCAUUUUCGUGUGGGCGUAAGCUUUCUUUAGACACGGAUAUUUUGUGCUACUGGAAGACAUACUCCUUGGAUAAAGAACUAAGAAAGCUAGCUGAAGUCGUUUUAGCUGUGCCCGUAACACAAGUUUCGGUGGAACAUGCAUUCAGCGCAUUGUCAGUAAUUUCUACGAAAAAUCGUGCGAAACUAAACGAUGCUACCAUUAAUAAUUUAGUUAUUACAAACCUAAAUUUCGAUUUGUGGCAUUUCAGGGAAAACGAAUUGAAUUCCGUUUCCUCACAUUGUAAUUAAUGUGGUUUUUGCUUACUUUUUGAUUAUUAAAAAAUAAUAUAAGAUGUUUUAUAUAAAUCUACUUGGAGUUUGUAAAUAAAUAUUUUAUAACACACAGAUGUGUAU